UUCACACAACGCAAUCCUUUAUUUUCUCUCUUUCUGACUUUUCUCUCAUCUUUCCCAACUUUUCACUCUUCAAUUCUCUUUGGACCUCUCACUCUUAACCUUCCUGAGAAAUGGGGUUCUUUAUUUUUUCUCAAUGAUUUAUCUUUAGCUCAAAUUCAUUUUUUAAUAGAAAAUCAAGCUUAACUGUUCUUACCCAAAACCCCAAAUGGACGAAAGCAGGGAAAUUGCACUGACCCAGAUGAGAAAAUCAGUUGAAAAGCUAGGGUCUUCCACUCAGAAUUAUGGAGACCCAACGCUGAUGAGAUUCUUGAUUGCAAGAACAAUGGACCCAGACAAGGCAGCAAAGAUGUUUGUUCAGUGGAAGAAAUGGAGGGCUGCAUUGGUGCCUUUAGGGUUCAUCCCGGACUCCGAAGUUCAGGAUGAAUUGGAAGCUCGAAAGAUUUACUUACAGGGUUUAUCCAAAGAUGGGUACCCAGUUAUGAUUGUGAAAUCAAGGAAACAUUUUCCUUCGAAGGAUCAACUUCAAUUCAAGAAAUUUGUGGUUCAUCUGCUGGACAAAACAAUUGCAAGUUCUUUCAAAGGAAGAGAAAUAGGGAAUGAGAAGUUGAUUGGAGUUCUUGAUCUGCAACAAAUUACUUACAAAAACAUUGAUGCUCGAGCGUUAAUAACUGGUUUUCAAUUCUUACAGGCAUACUACCCUGAGCGCUUAGCGAAGUGUUACCUAUUAAAUAUGCCCGGGUUCUUUGUGAGUGUUUGGAGAAUGGUUUCCUACUUCCUUGAGAAAGCAACUCUAGAAAAGAUUGUGAUUGUAAGCAAUGAAGAUGAAAAGAGGGAGUUCAUCAGGGACAUUGGUGAGGAAGCCCUACCAGAAGAGUACGGUGGGAGGGCGAAGCUUGUAGCUAUGCAAGAUGUUAUACUGACCCCAAUGGAGAAUUAACUCAGUCUACAACUCAAUUAGGUUGUGACUGAAAUGAGAACCCUACCUAUACUAUAGUCUGAUGUAUGAAUGAUACAUAUGUAUAUCAUCAAUUAAAUAGUACUGUCUCUGCUCUCAAUACGGCUGUUCUACAAAUUAAAAAACUCUUCUGAACAUAAUGCUUUCAUAUCAGUAUGUCUACAUAUCCCCCUGAAUUCUGGUUUUUUAUUUUUAUUUGUACUUUUGAUCUGGGAAACAUGAAGCGCGCUUUUUGAA